AUGCACUUGUCUCAAACUACCCCAGGCUUGGAGCCUGGUGACAGGCCUGCCGAUGCCUGUGCCGAUGCCUAUGCCGAAGCUGAUCCCGACUACCCCAACGAUUCCGACGACGUCGCCAACGACGAGGACCAAGACCACCAGCGCCGAAUCCCAGACAUGCCCCAGCCACAGAGCUAUGGCAGCUUCGACGAGCUGUUCAGCCACCUGCAAGCCUGGGGCAGGCAAAACGGCGUGGCCUUUGUCAAAAAAGCCAUGUCGCGCUACGUCAACGUGGGCGAACACCGCUGGCCGCAGUACGGCAGCUUCGUAUGCAGCCGCGAUACCGUCCGACCCUCCAAGUCCACCGGCAAACGCAAGUCGGCCUCUCACAAAGCCGACUGCCCGUUCAGGAUGAAGCUGGUCACCACGAAGAAGCAGGGCAGUCUGCAGUGGACCUACAAGAUGGUGAACCCGCAUCACAACCAUCACCGAACCCUCGACACGUCGGCAAACGCGAUACACCGCCGGUUCACGGAGAAGCAGAAGAAGACGAUUGCAAGCCUCUUGCAGACUCAGUCGCUUCCCGCGCGGGAAAUUGACGAGAUCAUACGCCAAGAAGCCAGGAGGGAGGGGCUGGAGCUUCAUUUCCAUCGCAAAGACAUUUACAAUCAAAUCGCGAGGAAUCGCCGGAGCUUCAAGGCCUCGAUUCUGCAAAAUGGGGUCUGA